ACAAAGUGGUCAGCCGGGUUAGUGUUAAACAGCAAGAGGAAUCAGCUGUCAGCUGUCAGAUUCUCUAUCGCGAUUAAUUCGUCGUCAUUUGUAAUUCAUUCGAUCGAAAAUAUUUUGGUAGAAAGAUUAGUUGCGUUACUAGAAUGCUAUUUAUUUUAUACGAAGCACGUUUUGUAGAUUCUAUUGCAGAAAAUAUUGUCGUGUGCAAAUGUGAGGUUAGAAAUUUCCAAUUUUGAACGGAAUAAGUGAAUAUAUGUUUAGAGUUGAAGUAAUAAAUAUAGUAAAUAUAAAAAUAAGUGAUGCACAAUGUCUCCUGACCCAACGCAACAACCUAUAGAGGAAACUUUAAAUGCACCUACUUUACAACUCGAUGCUAGAGGAGCAAAUGAAUCGGACAGUGAAGAUGAUGAUGUAGGAAUGGCAGGAUAUGUACCCUUAUCUCAAGUACCUACAGAUAGUGAUCCCAUGUUAUACGAAGACGAAGAUGACGAAUGGGCAUCCAAUGCAGGCGAAUCCAAUCAAACAUUACAGCUUCCAUCUUUAGAACCACAUCAAGAUUGUAUGUCAGAAACAAUUGAAGUUUGGUCAUCUCCACAUAAUCGAUCGAAUAUCGACAUGGACGCAGAGAAAAUUAAUCAAGUAAAAUCUAUGAUGGCAAGUUUCAUGUUACCAACUGCAGCAAUUCCAGAAUGGGCAAAUACUAUAUCUGAAGAUCAAUGGAAAGAACAACUUAUCGGCCGCAUUAAAGAAAUACAGAAUAGGGAAAAGUAGAUUUAAGUAUUUUAAUUAAUGCUGUUACACGAAAUAUGUAAUUGCUCGUAAACAUACUUCUUUUUCUGUUUCUUUAAGUUACAAAUUCAGGUUACAUUUUAUGUAAAAAUAAAAAUGAAAUUGCAAUAUC